CUGUGUGCAACUUUUUUGCAAUGGAGGGCAGCAGCUCAUCCCUACCCUCCAUCACGACAGUUUACAUCAAAGAGGAGCCUGAAGAUGAGGGAGAGGACAUAACUGUGAAAGAUGAACCACUUUGCAGUGAAGAAUAUGAGCAAACUCCACUUCCCUCAUCUUGCAAGCCAUGCGAGAAGGAGGUUCACGUUGAGGCUCACGAGGCCUGCACCAGCGCCUCACAGCACACUGCUGCCGUGCCUCAUAAGCAGGAUACAUGCAAUGCCCAGGGCAACAUUGGGCAGGAUAAAUGGAUAGGUGUUUGUCCUGAAACCAACGGAAAAGAGAUGUCUGCUUAUGAGAAAAAUAUUUUUUUGGGACCCAAUAGUGCAAGUGCAGGCCAAGAAGUUAUUAUUCAGUCUGCAUCUGAGUUCAAGUCUCUUGAACACAACUUGACCAACAAUGACAAUGCAAGAUUGGCAAAGAAAUUGCACAAAGUUUCCUCAUCCACUGAUUCAUUACAUUCCAAAGUUCCUUUAAAUGCCCACCAAAUCGACGAAUAUAAUUUUGAAACUAAAUUAAAAUGUGGACUAUGUGACUAUGUUGCAUCUCAAAAGAAAUAUUUUCAAAGACAUUUGUUUUCUAAACAUGGUUUAGGGGAAGGAUUCAAAUGCAAGUUGUGUGAUUAUGAAACCGGCAGACAAGAACUUCUUAAAAAACACAAGUUUUCUAAACAUGGUUUAGGAGAAGGAUUCAAAUGCAAGUUGU